AUGUUGCUCAUUGAUGAUGCCCCGGGAGCCCCUCCAGCAGAUGAUUUCAGAUCUUUGCUGCAGAGCUUACAGGCUGGCAAGCCACAGAAAAGCAGCCACGGUGCGACUUACUCAGACAAAUGCGCUUUGAUGACGUGGGCACUGCAUGAGACGCUGUUAGAUAUGGAAAGAGAUGACAUGGCAAAAUCCUGUACGAUUUCCUUGGCCAGGGAUGCUCGCAGAGCUGACUUGCUGAUCAAGUACGGAAUUUGCACUGAGAAUUUUACAGCGCGAGCUGGAGUUCUUGGUAUGAGCCUCGGAGGUGGAGACCGUGGAGGAGACAUUGUUAGACAAACACGGAAGUUGAUCCGAAGGUUUUGUACCAAGUUCGCGAACAAGCCUCGCUGGAACUGUGGGCCUGAGCCGCAAUUCAUGGAGGGGCUCUUCAACCACAUGACUUCGAAGAUUGAGAUUGUCAUGUCAGACAGCGCGGCCAACGAAAUCCUAGCAGGAGACGUGGGUGCCGGAAAAAGAGAUGUUAACAUUGAGGAUGAGGGCGCGCAAGAACUCCACCCUAACCUGAAGAUGAUUGGAAGAGACAAGGCUCAUGCCUUCCGGAAAGUCUUGCAAAGACCGUACUGCGCCGACGAGUUCCUGCAGGCGCUGAUGACUGACCACGUUCUGGGCUCCCACUCCAUGGUCCAAAUCAUUUCGAAUUCGCAUGAAUUCUCUUUGUGGUUGGAGGAUGAGAUCAGCCGCCAGGAGCAGACUGCCGGUUUCGGGGCAAAAUGCAAGAACCUGCGUUCAGCAAAGCACAGGUUCGAGUCCCACUCCACACCGCUGGGCAGGAUGCUGUUGUAUUCCCCAGCCUUUCUUGCCACUUGCCAGAAAAUUGCCGAGAACCGAAAGGGCAACAAAGAAGGACGCUGCGCCUUGGCGUACCUUGAGAGUCUGACCCCGGAGAGUCUCUGCCAAUUUUCAAUGCUGGGAGAUGCGGCAGAUGAAGGACUGUUGUUGGUGAGAGCCAUGGACAAGGAAAACGUCGACAUGGCCGAAAUUGCCACUGUUGUCCAUUCAUUUCAGAGUCGCAUUGGGGCGCUGUUCCAACAGUCAAAGGUCGUGGAAUGCGGCUACACGCACUACGUCUUGGAACUCCUUCGGUCUGGCUCGUUGUGCAUCUUCUUGCCCAACGCAGUCAAGAAGUUCAAAGGGGUGGACUCAGGCAUGUUGGAGAGGUGCAUCACCCGUAUGCGUUGCUGGGCCAGGCUUGCUGUGGAAGUCUUGCGGGCUGAGUUCCCACACCAUUCGCUUUUCAAUGCGACGCAGGUCUUUUCUCUGAAGACUGAGAGGGAGCAAGUGUGUGAGAUCACUCAGACGACCAACGUCCAUUUUCACAGGCUGGCUCAGGUGUUUGAUGUGAACGCCGCGGCUCUACGAGACCAACUUUUGCGACACAGGCCAGUUGCUGAGCAGAUGAUGAGGGAAGGUGGGUUGAAGAGCCGAGACGCUUGGCUUCGAGCGAUGCGGCGACUGGGCAAAUCUGGAUCGCCCUCCGACCACCUGAGUCCAGUCAUGUGGCGCUACAUUGCUUGGCAAGCCAUUGGGAUUGAAUUGGCGACUUUUGGCUUGGUUGUCGUCGAAGAAACAAAUUACAUGGAAUCGAACUUAACCGUGCUUAAUGGGGGUGACUCAAUCAGUUUCGAUAUAAUCGACUAA